AUGCCAAGGCUUACCCAAGACAACCAGGAGUGCCUCCAGAAGCCCUUCCCCACGCCAACUAUAUGGACACAAUUUCAGCCCUUGUUUAGGACUGAGCGCUAUAAUACCAAUAUUCACCAAACCACAGAAAAUGAAGGGGUCCUGCAAGCUCUGCCUGAUGUGUCCUCAUUCCACCCAGCACCUCUCCCAGGCUCGCCCGCUGCCCCGAAGCUGCUCAGUUUCCUCUCUAGCCCGCUCUCCAACCUCACGCGGGUCUUCUCUCACCUUCUUCGGCGACCCCCUCCUGAGGCUCCCUGUCGGCGCCCGGACUUCUCUCCCCUGCUUCCUGCCCUGCGGGCUGCCGGACCCUCUCAGGGACACGAGGAGCUGCCCGGCCGCCUCGCGCUCCUGCUUGGGGCAGCGUUGGCAAUGCCCGGCCGCCCCCCAGAGGGUGGCCCACGGAAGCUGGCCCGUCGGGUCGCCGAGUCCGGGAGACAGGACGCCAGCGCGGGGCAGAGUUCGACCAUGCCCCCUAUGGGAUCUGAGCACUUGGAGAUGCGGAAGCGACAGUUGUCGGCUGCCCAGGGGACACCAGCCUCCAUCCCCAGCCAGCCUGGAGCAGGAAGUCGAGGGUCCAACGCUUGCUGCUUCUGCUGGUGCUGCUGCUGUAGCUGCUCAUGUCUCACAGUUCGAAACCAAGAUCAGAGACUCACAGCAGCUUCCCGUGAAUUCCGAGCGGCAGACCUUCCAGCCUGUGAGGAAAGCCCGAGUCCUACGCUGGAGGAAGUCAGUGCCUGGGCUCAGUCCUUCGACAACUUGAUGGUCACCCCAGCAGGCAGAAACGCCUUCCGGGAGUUCCUCCGCACAGAAUUCAGUGAGGAAAACAUGCUUUUCUGGCUGGCCUGUGAAGAACUGAAAAAAGAGACAAAUAAAAACAUUAUUGAAGAGAAAGCGAGGAUAAUAUAUGAAGACUACAUUUCCAUUUUGUCUCCUAAAGAGGUCAGCUUAGACUCCCGAGUCAGAGAAGUCAUCAACAGAAACAUGGUGGAGCCAUCUCAACACAUAUUCGAUGAUGCUCAGCUCCAGAUUUACACCCUAAUGCACAGAGACUCAUAUCCCCGAUUCAUGAACUCUUCUCUCUAUAAGGACUUGCUUCAGUCCUUGGCUGAGAAAUCAAUCGAAGCAUAGGAGUUUUCAAAUAUAUUUAUUAUUAAUAAAAUAAUAAAAAUAAC